AUGGCGCUGUGCUGGAUAGUUGUUGCUGUGAUCCUGGCUGCAGCAGAAAUUAUGGAGGCGACCUCAGACAAGUCCAUCACUAUGAGCCGUGUCGCCGGGAAAUUUGGAAAGACUCUGGAGGGUGGUCGGGACGAAGUAAGAACAGUUUUCCAAGCCUGGAAUCAAGACUUCGAUGUAGACCGCAGAGAGAUUGGCUGCGCCAUCAUCUGUAUGUCCAACAAGUUCUCCUUACUGCAAGAUGAUAAUCACGUGCAACAUGACAGUUUGGCAGAUUACCUCAAGUCUUUUGACAAUGGUGACGCUCUUGCAGCCACAGCAGCAGAUUUAUACAAAAACUGCGAGGAAGAAAACGGGCAUAUUGAUGAUGACUGCAGCCGCAUCGCUAAGUUGUUCGCUUGCUUCAAGACCGAAGCCAAGAGGGCUGGCAUCGCGCCGUAUGUCGACUUGAUUAAAGAUGUGCUAAACGAGAGUUACGACCCAACGGCGAAACUUGAAAUUGGACACCAUACUGGAAGGAUUGACGUGUUGGACGUAUCUGAUUUGUUUAUUUAG